GUCGGAGCGAGGCUCCAUCGGCCGCCUGGUGUACGAACAGGAGCCGCCAGGAGUGGAGCGAGGAGGAGGAGAGAGGGAGAGGAGGGGCGGGGAAGGAGAGAGUGGCGAGGAUGAGCGAGGAGGAGGAGGCGGAGGAAUUGGCGAUGCUGACUCCCUGCGGAGAGUCAGCCUCGCUGCUUCCUCCGCCUCCUCCUCCUCGCUCAUCCUCCCCCCACCCUCCAUCCUCCCCCACCACCCGCAGUACAGCCAGCCGCACAUCAUGCACAUGCACCACGUGCACGGCGGCAGCCCUUACAUCCAGCACGCUCACCACUUCGCACAGCACCACUACCACCACCUGCACCACCAACACCACCACGCCUACCCAGAACCCCCUUCUUCCCCGCUGCCUUCCCCCGUACCACCCCUCACGCCUCUCUCGCCCCUGCCGCCGCCGCUCACGCCCUCGCCGCUGUCCUCCUCCUCCUCCUCUGCGCUGCAGAACAUGGAGGCGCAGCAGCACGCCCACCACGCCCACCUGCACCACCACCACCUGCUCUGCUCGGACGGAGACAACGAGAGCGUCAACUCCACCACCACCAACUCCAACGACGACACCACCGUCAACAACUGCAGCUCCGGCUCCUCGUCACGUGACAGCCUGCGGGAGCCAAUCGGAGGAGCCACGCUGGGCAAACAGACCUAUCAGAGAGAGAGCCGCCACAGCUGGGAUUCCCCCGCCUUCAACAACGACGUGGUGCAGCGGCGGCAAUAUCGGAUCGGACUCAACCUCUUCAACAAGAAGCCAGAGAAGGGGAUCCAGUACCUGAUCGAGAGGGGCUUUGUGUCGGACACACCGGUGGGCAUCGCCAGGUUCAUCCUGGAGAGGAAAGGACUGAGCCGGCAGAUGAUCGGAGAGUUCCUCGGCAGCCGGCAGCAGUUCAACAAGGACGUCCUCGA